AUGGGAGCAAUCAACAUCGUCAUCUAUCUGCUACAGCAGGGUGCAAAUCCUGAUGUGGCAACAGUCCGCGGCGAAACACCCUUACAUUUGGCAGCACGUGCUAAUCAAACUGACGUCGUCCGAGUUCUCAUCAGAAAUGGCGCAAAGGUUGAUGCUCAAGCGCGUGAGCUUCAAACACCUUUGCACAUCGCUAGUCGCCUUGGUAAUACGGAUAUCGUCGUUCUGCUGCUACAGGCUGGCGCCAAUUCUAAUGCGGCCACUAGAGACCAAUACACACCACUGCAUAUUGCCGCUAAGGAAGGACAGGAAGAGGUAGCAGCGAUUCUUCUCGACCACAAUGCCGAAAAGGGUGUUUUGACUAAG